CACACAAAUAAACCAGAACCGCAAAUCUUUGCCAGUGGCCUCUUCCAUCUCUCUCUCUUUUGUAAAUUACUGGGAAUAGAAAGAGAGCAAACGCUAGCUAGCUAACUAUGGCUGCCACAGCAUCUCCAAUGGCUAGCCAGCUCAGAUCCAGCUUCACUUCUUCCGCGAGGAGAGGUCUGACCGUCCCCAAUGGCAUUUCCGGCGCUUCCUUCAGAGUUUCGCCCACCUCCCGGCGAUCUUCUUCCUUCACUGUCAAGGCCAUUCAGGCCGACAAGCCGACGUACCAAGUGGUGCAGCCGAUCAACGGCGACCCGUUCAUCGGCAGCCUGGAGACUCCGGUGACGUCCAGCCCACUGAUCGCCUGGUACCUCUCCAACCUCCCCGCGUACCGGACCGCGGUGAGCCCACUCCUGAGGGGGAUCGAAGUGGGCCUGGCCCAUGGGUUUCUCCUCGUGGGCCCGUUCGUGAAGGCCGGGCCGCUCAGGAACACGGAGUACGCCGGGGCAGCGGGUUCCUUGGCCGCCGCCGGGCUGGUGGUGAUCCUCAGCCUCUGCCUGACCAUGUACGGAGUCGCCUCCUUCAACGAAGGGGAGCCGUCGACCGCCCCGAGCCUGACGCUGACCGGGAGGAAGAAGCAGCCUGACCAGCUGCAGACCGCCGACGGGUGGGCGAAGUUCACCGGAGGGUUCUUCUUCGGUGGGGUUUCAGGGGUGACCUGGGCUUAUUUCCUUCUCUAUGUUCUUAACCUUCCUUACUACGUCAAGUAGAGUGGUGGGCGGAUGGGGUGAAUUUCAAACAGCCAGAAGAUGAAAUGUGUAAUUCCGAUUUGCCACCAUUUUACAUUGCUCUGUAAUUGUGUAUCUAUGAAUGCUGAAACAGACUUGUGAACAUAGCUUCCUAGACAUUUCUGCUGUCUGAACAUUUCUAUCCUUCCUUGGGGGCGAACUGGAAUCAUUCUGAUGUUUUGUUUCUGAAGAGCUGGAAUCAGUCUGAUGGUUGACUGGAAUCAGUCUAAUGGGUUGGAUUUUCUUUGUGUGCUGGGUAUUUUUUUGGGGUUCUGUUAUCUGCAGAAUAUGCAUCUUCGUUGGAGUACUUAAUAGAUGAAAUCGCGCAGUAAGAUCUGACUUGCUGUACAGGG